UGGCAUUCUGGUUCAGAUCCACUUCUCCGCACUGUUCAACACACACACACACACACACACAUACACACACGGGCAGUCUCUACUCGCAGGCGGGCGCUUCGCAGCAUCGAUCGUGGCUCCUUUAAGAAAAAAAGAGCAAGCCAGAAAUAUCACCCCACCUCUUCUUGAUCUAAUUGAGAGACUGUUGCAUUAAAAAUCUACUCAGGAGCCGACAGUGAUCAAAGAAACGAGAGAGCUUGAUUUUUUUUUGUAUGUAUCUGUGUAUUAACAUUUAAGGUGUCCCGACCAGAGGAAGCGCACGGCGGAUCAUCAUUCAUUCAGUACUUUGACAACCUCGCUUAAGAUUGACAGCUGGAGUGGCAAAAAGCCAUGCAACUCUCUAGUUUUGUUUGAGAAUCAAUUCCAUAGUGAUUUGAAAAAGAAGAUUUGCUCUGCGCACUGUUGCCGUCCUGGAGAAAGCCGAGGAGAUACUCGCCGUACUGAAUGUUUCGCCUUGAGCUGAACUUGCGCUGAAGGUCCGGCUUCGUCAUCCUUCUGCGGGAAACAUAAAGGGAUUUUUCAGUAUCGCAUUUGGAGUGUGCGCUGUAUUUUCUUUCACCCUGGCCUCAUAGGAGAUAUUUUAAUCUGAAGGAAGAAGAGGGAGUGAGGAAGGCCAAUGGCGCAAAGGUAUGAAGAUUUAUCCCAUUAUGGUAUGGACGGCGUAGGAAUCGCCAGCACGAUGUAUGGGGAUCCUCACGCAGCCAGAUCCAUGCAGGCUGUUCAUCUGAAUCACGGUCCCCCGCUGCACGCGCACCAGUAUCCGCACACUGCUCACAACGCCAUACCGCCCGGUAUGGGCCCUUCCGUCAACGAUGCAUUAAAAAGAGAUAAAGAUUCAAUUUACGGGCACCCUCUCUUCCCUCUGCUAGCACUGAUUUUUGAGAAAUGUGAAUUAGCGACUUGCACACCGCGAGAACCCGGGGUUGCGGGAGGUGACGUGUGCUCAUCCGAGUCUUUCAAUGAAGAUAUAGCCGUAUUUGCUAAACAGAUUCGAGCAGAAAAACCCCUAUUUUCAUCAAAUCCGGAACUGGACAAUUUGAUGAUUCAAGCAAUCCAAGUAUUGCGGUUCCAUCUGUUGGAGUUGGAGAAGGUACACGAACUCUGUGACAAUUUCUGUCACCGGUAUAUCAGCUGUUUGAAAGGCAAGAUGCCAAUCGACUUGGUUAUAGAUGACAGGGAAGGUGGAUCCAAAUCAGACAAUGAAGAUAUCACGAGGUCAUCGGGAAACCUCGAUCAGACCUCGUGGAACAGAGACCAUGACGACACAGCGUCCAUACGUUCAGGAGGCACGCCGGGUCCGUCCAGCGGGGGACACACGUCUCACAGCGGGGACAACAGCAGCGAGCAAGGCGACGGUCUGGACAACAGUGUGGCCUCUCCUAGCACGGGGGACGACGACGACCCCGAAAAGGAGAAGAAGCACAACAAGAAGCGAGGGAUCUUCCCCAAAGUCGCCACGAACAUCAUGAGGGCCUGGCUCUUCCAGCACCUGACGCACCCAUACCCCUCAGAAGAACAGAAGAAGCAGCUAGCACAAGAUACAGGGCUCACUAUCCUACAAGUGAACAAUUGGUUCAUCAAUGCCAGGAGGAGGAUAGUGCAGCCUAUGAUUGACCAGUCCAAUCGAGCAGUAAGUCAAGGAGGACCUUACACUCCAGAUGGUCAGCCGAUGGGAGGUUUCGUUAUGGACGGACAGCAGCACAUGGGAAUCAGACCACCUGGACUGCAAAGCAUGCCCAGGGAUUACAUGUCCCACUGUGGUUCGAUGGCCAUGGGACAGCCCAGCUUCAGCCCACCCCAGAUGCCCCCCCACUCUGCUCAGCUGCGGCACGGGCCCCCCAUGCGCCCCUACAUUCCUGGACACCCCCCCCACCCGGCGAUGUUAAUGCACGGAGGGCCACCUCACUCCGCCAUGCCCAUGUCAGCGUCUAGCCCCCCCAUGCUGAACCCAGGAGAUCCCUCCAUGGGGGGGACAGUCAUGGACAUCCAUGCUCUGUAGUGUAAGAUUUCGUGAGACAAAGAAACAGAAUGAAACGUCGUGAUUUUACGCCUUUUUUUUUUUUUCGUUUUUAGGAAACUUUAAUAUACUGGCUUCUUGCAGAGACUGAGGAUCUCCAUCCCCAGCAUCAGAUCUGGACCAAGAAGAAGCUAAUGUCUGUAUUUCCUGGGACCCUUUUGACACAGGAAGUGCACUGGAAACAUAACAGAAAAGAAACAAAGGAUAAAAAAGUCCAUUUUAACAAUCUCUGCUCCUGCGGGGGUGAGGGGGAAGUGGACUUGCUGUAAAUUGUUGUAAAAUUACUUUGGACUCUCAAGGGAACUGAGAAAAUAUGUAAAUUCUCUUGUAUUGCUCUGAAUAUUACGUUGUUUCUUAUAGAUUUUUUUUUAAAGAAGGAUGUGAAUUCCCCCCCCCCCCCACACUGUGUGUGCCAUGUCCAUAGACUCUGAGCCCCCCCACCUCAAUUUUGACAAAUAAAUACAUGGAUAAAUCAGCAAGCUCUAAGGUCGAUAAGCCGUGGUUUGCCACUGUGACGGCUCCUUCUGGGGUACCACAAGGCACCGUCCUGGGGAAGACCCAGUUCUGGCCAUUUCCUUUGUCUUCCCACCUAGAGGGUAGCAUUUGCAUGUGUAAACAUUUUGUUCAUCAAAACUGAAUUUGCCUGAACAGAUUUGAAAGGGAAUAUCUGGGGGGGAAAUCAGCAGCAGAUAGAAAUUUAACCACAGGAGGUUAAGAGGGGGCAAAGUGGAAGAGGAAGAAGAAGAAAAAAACAUCUUCAAUCGUCACUUUUUCACAUCUGUCUGCAUUGCAACUAAAAGUGGCUUUUGAAGCCAAAAUACAACUUAUAAAAUUAAAAGAAACCUUCUUCUGCUUAAGACACCUUUCCCAUGGUUACAGUUUGGAUACUUUACGUUGUAAAUAAAUACUUUUGUGGAAAAAAAAGAACUGGAGGAGACCGAGCUGUAGUAUUUGCUUUAAGAAAAGUUUCUAUGCUUAAAAUGUCUCUAUGGAAAGCAGAUUGAGGCUUUGUUGUGGUUUAAUAAAUACUUUUUUUCUAGUGA